UGUGUGAGACUGCUGGGCUUAGAAUAAAAAAAAAAUGGUGAGAAGAAAGACAGAAACAGGGGUGAAAGCGCAAGCAGAAACUUGCAUGAAAUUGCAUGGUUACCCCCCACUCACCCUGGGACAAUUUCAAUUCACUUUGCUGACCAAUGCUCAAGGGAAAUCAAUUACAUUGAGCCCCUAUUGGGAAGCCCUUUGCGUAUUAUUGAUCCUUUUUGUUACGAACCCUGUAGUGAUGUAUGGUCAAGUUUUAUUUUAUUUUUUGGUGUACAAUCACCUAAUGAUUCUCGGUGUUGGAAUGUGGAACAUUUCUAUGAGUUUCUCGAAAUAUAAUUUGUCUCACAUUCCAAGAAUGAUUCGAUACUUCAUCUUUACAUUCCUUCUCAUUAUGCGCGAAGUGCAGAACAAUGGUUUCAUCGAAAUAAUAAAAAUUGUAUUAGUCCAUAAAAGAGGUCUUCAAUAAGAAUUGGGUUGUUUGUAGGUGGUAUUAGGAACUGCCAAGGGGUGGAAAAAUGAGUGAAGAAUUAAAACUUUUGACCCUUGGUUAUUAUUUUGUUCGUAUUAUGAGAGUUUGUAUAACGGACAGGAAUGAAGUAAUAUUAUUACCCAUAUAAAUGCCAUACGAUAAACUGUUUUAUAUACUGACAAUUCCAUAACCCAUUUAUGAAUUUCUCGUCAAACAGGGUUACGUUCACAAUACAUAUUGGAUAGUUUAGUAUCGUCUAUCCCAUACUCAACUGGAGUACUUUCAUCCCCCACUUACAUACCCUCCUUGAGACAUAUUUGUACAAUUCUCAUCCCUCUCACAACUCCCAUUUUCAUUCUUUUUAACCUACUCCUGGAAAGGAUAAGUUAUCUACCAUACUCUCCAACUCCAUACUUCAACUUGUGUUUGAUUUUGUCUCGCAUAUUCUCGAAAGCUUUCUUUUUUUUUUCGCAGCCAUUUUUAUCAAGGUACCUCUUCCUUCCAAUUUUAUUUUCAUUUUCAGGUUUUCAACCUUUCUAAUAUGUGGAGUCUUUCACUAUACAAUAUAUUCAGAUGCUCACCAUAUUUCUAUAUCUCUUUCCCCC